UCACAGGAGCUGGCAACUAUACACAUCACCGGCAACUUUGGUCAACAACAUGGCGGCAUCCACGACUUCUUGGAGCGGACUUCUCCGUUUAGGAAAGUUACUGGCACGUUCGCCUAGCCGGUUAACAAUUAGAACAUGUUCCUAUUAUCCCAUUUCGGAUGUUAUGUACGGAUUAACCAGCGAACAGCAAGAGCUUCGAGAAGCAGCGUUCAACUUUGCGCAAAAGGAGUUGGCCCCUCACGCGCAAGCGAUUGACAAGAGUAACCACUUUCCAGAAUUCCGUGACUUUUGGAAGAAGCUUGGGGACAUGGGCUUUAUGGGCAUCACUGUACCAGUGGAGUACGGCGGCCUCGGAGCCGGUUACUUGGAGCACUGCCUCGUUGAAGAGGAACUCAGCAGAGCUGCAGGCGGCAUAGCUCUCAGCUACGGGGCACAUUCGAACCUCUGCAUCAACCAGAUAUACCGGAAUGGAACUGAAGAGCAGAAGAGGAAAUACCUCCCCAAGCUGAUCAGCGGGGAGCACGUUGGGGCUCUGGCAAUGAGUGAAGCUGGGUCCGGUUCAGACGUGGCUUCCAUGAAGCUUUCGGCCCAGAAAGAUGGCGACCACUACAUCCUCAAUGGAACAAAGUUCUGGAUCACCAAUGGCCCGCUCGCCGAUGUCCUUUUCGUGUACGCUCGGACAAACCCCAGUGCUGCCAAGCCUCAACAUGGAAUCAGCGCAUUUAUUAUUGAAAAGAACACCCCGGGAUUCAGCAUAGGGCAGCAGCUGGACAAGCUGGGCAUGAGGGGCUCGCCAACCUCGGAACUCGUUUUUGAAGACUGCAGGAUUCCCGCGAAAAACCUGGUCGGCGAGCUCAACAAAGGGAUGUAUGUUCUCAUGAGUGGACUUGACUAUGAACGACUGGUUCUUGCGGCUGGGCCUGUUGGUAUUAUGCAAGCCAGCUGCGACAUAGCUUUCGAAUACGUUCACACUCGCAAACAGUUUGGCAAGCCAAUCGGCUCAUUUCAACUUCUCCAGGGGAAGAUAGCUGACAUGUACACCACAUUGAACGCCUGCCGGUCCUACCUGUACAGCACGGCGAGGGCAGUCGAUCAAGGCCACGUCCUGUCCAAGGAUUGCGCUGGAGUCAUCCUCUACUGUGCUGAGAAGGCGACACAAGUAGCUCUGGAUGCCAUUCAGUGUCUAGGUGGUAAUGGGUACAUCAACGACUACCCCACCGGUCGCCUCCUGCGCGACGCCAAGCUAUACGAGAUUGGAGCUGGCACAAGCGAAAUUCGAAGGCUGAUCAUUGGUAGGACAAUCAACGAGGAGUAUAAAUGAAGCCCCGUCUACUUCAAUGGCCAGGGAUGUUCCCGAAGAACUGUUCCUCUAUAGGACUGGAAUGAAAGAGAAGAUUAUUUUAUUGGAAUUCUGUGCAAGUGUAAUUUUGUCUUGCCUUCAUCUAUUCUUUUUUCUUUAAUUUGGCUUUGGUUGACCUUUUUGACAAUAUCAGUUUCUCAGGCCCCUGUGGCCCACUAUUACUGCAUUUUUCUAGUGGAGGAGGGACUUUAUUAUUUGUGUUUGAUUGUGGUCCCUGAAUGUCAAUUUGAUUGAAUGAGAUUUUUGGAUGGCUUCAUUGGUUAGGUUGUAGUGUUUUUGGAAAGAGAUUAUGUUACAAUGUUGCAUUUUUGCCAGUCACAACAGCUUCUAUGGCAUUUAGGUCAACAUUUUUUAAAAUUAUUUAUGGGGAUCAUCCACUGUCGAGGUUACAGUACAGUAGAGUAGAGGGUAAAAGUACUAAAAGUGGAAGUGUCUAUUUCUCCACUUGUACCAUUCCUCUGCAUUUUGUGUGACUAGCUUAUUUUGUGACCGAACUUAUGGCUUUUAUUAUGCAUCAGCAAGUCGUGUUGUGUGCUAGCUGAAUCUUAUUUGAAUUAUGUAGGUGUUUGUACAAAUGUUAAUGGAGCAUUCACUAAAAACACCUGGAAUUCAGAAUAAAACUUUGUUGAGAUUUAAUUAUUA